AUGCGCUACACGGGCAUCAGCUUUCUCUUUGUCUUCAUCUCGCUCAUUUUCUCAAUCCAUGCUUUUCUAUCUCUGCGCUUGCCGCUUCACUCCCAAGCUUGUCGUCUGACGUCUACGCAAAAGCCAGCCCUUCUGCGCUUUGGUAAAGGCUCGUCUAGUAUUUGUCGUGCCGCAAGAGUACUACGUUUCUGGCCGUUUUCCAUGACUGAAAGUGCUGAAGCGCUGCAGCGGCGUAUCAACCACGCCAUCGAGAACCAGAUGGCGCCACCCGAAGCGAACUACAUCAGUGAGCUGCUUGCCGCCAGCUUAGCUCUGGAUAACUCCAACGAGCAGCUGAGGUUGCUUGAUUACCGGUGGCAAACAUACCUCGACAAACAGUACGUGCAGUCCCAACGCUUGGACGAGUUUUUGGAAGGGUUGGUGCAGCACCUUCUGAAAAAGAAGCCUGACCGUCCGUUGGAGGAGUUGCUCCUAUAUCUCGAAUGUGAAAGAAGGCAGUAG